UCACUUUCCUUUCUUAUUUAUGAUUUGCAGGAAAAUGCACCGUUGUUUCAUAGUAUUGGCAUUCUGGCAUGCCCUCACAAUUAUAAACCAUGUUCACAUAUUCAAAUUUAAAUUUACUGAAAAUGUGACGGUCGAAUGCUAACAAAUAAGCAUGUAGAGAUCGGUUCGCUUUCACAGAACUCCAGUAGUGGGAUAUAACUAUAGAAAUAAAAGAAGACAUACUUCUUGCUUACACAGAUAUAAUCCACUCAUGCUGCUUCGUGUGGUCAUCUGAUCCAAAAGAAAGGGGGGAAAAACGUUUUCUUUUAUGGCAUUUAAGAAUUUGAUAAAGAAAGUAAAGAGAUGGAAGCAUGUAUCAAGCAGUCGCAGCUAUCGCAGACAGAGACUUCUUGAGUUCUUCAGCGGUUAUGGCACGACAAAUGACAUUUUUUCUUUCCUCAGAAUAGUAGCAGCUGUCUGGAUAUGCUCGCACAGUGAACAGUUUGAACCAAGUAUACCUGAACUCAGCGAAGAUUUAACCCUCAGAGAUUGGUGCUUCCGCGAAGUUAUCCAGCAUAAAGUCUACACAGAUCAUGUUCAGAUAACUGCAUUAGUCACCGCGCUCGGGGUGCCACUCCGAGUGGAGUACCUCUCGCAAGCAGAAGGCCUAGACCUCUACACUGGUGGCCAAGAUGAUACGCCAAGAUGUGGAUGCUGGCCUGGCCACGCCAUCGUCAUCAUGAAGUGCCCCGUGUGACCGUGCUCUUCUCAAUUGCUCACUAUGAUAUCAUGUACCGCGACCCUCCAGAUGAUGAGAGCUCAACUGGUAGGGUGAGUUUGGCUUGGAGUCCCACAUCAACAGAUUAUCGAGGUGGCCGCAGUGGCGAGAGUUCAGGUCAACAGAUUGGCCGAGUAAGUAGCAGCAGCGGUGAGAUUACACGGGCAGAGAGCUCUUAGUUGAUUAGUUCUACUGCUGCCCAUGAGUAGGAUGGGCAUAAGAGAAAUGCUGACUGGAGCCACACAGAUAGAGAAGUAGGCGCCCAGUGAUGAGAUACAUAGGCGUAUAGUUGUGGAUUGUUUCUUGUGCUGCCAAUCGGCAAUCGGGAUGAUCAGUAGCUGCCCUUGUCUGGAAACCCUGACAAGGAUGCAUGAGAACCUUGUGAUGUAGCUCGAUUAAAGUCUCGGCUUGGUACCAUUGAUUCUUUGCGAAUCGUGAUCACAUUCUUUUGACUAGCUUCCUGAUAUGUGUUUACCACUUGAUGUUCUGUCCGAUAUACAUACAAAUGGAAAUCUUUUGUCCGCUCAAUGAAA